UGUCACUUCGAUCUUUCUGAAGCCUUGAAAAAUCCUCUCCAUCAACUGUACAAAAUUGGAAAGACUUCAUUAUUGACUGCAUCAUCAGUCUUAAAUUCUCAAUUGACUUCAUCAGUCUUCCUUUGUUUCCUUCACUUGUCAAAUCAACAACAAAAGAAAUGAUCAACAAAAUCUCAUUAUCAAUACCUAAUUCACCAGACCCACAUUUCAUAUCAUCUAACACACAUGAAACUAAAUCACCACCAUCACCACCACCGCCACCACCACAACCACAACCACAAACACAGCCAUACAAUCCAAUGGGUUCAUCAUCACCCUUAGCAGCAGUAGAAUCAAUCCAUCAUUACCUCUCAGAAAUUUGCUCAGUUCCUGAUGAAAAUUACUCGUGGGAGAAUCCUAGACGUUUUUCUUCAUAUAUUAAGCGCUUAGAACUAGUUUUAAAUCAGUUUCUUAGAUCAGAUACUGAUCAGAAUUUCUCAGCUUCUGUGUUGACAGCAUUAAAAGGGAUUUCAGGAGAUUUGAUUAAGUCUAGUGAAACUUUGUUGAGUUACAGAGAAAGAAGUAAAAUCUAUGUUUUGAUUAAUAGUGAAGCGCUACGUUCUUCGCUUCAACAACGUACCGUUGCUAUUGGUGGUUGGUUAGCAUUACUUGGUUCCUCUAUUAAUCUUGAGAAUAAUCCUGAUCUUCAUAAGAAAACUAUUGAUCUUUCUAGAGAUAUGAAGCUUUCCCAGUUCCCUGUGACAGAGAAUGAAGAGAGGGUUUAUUGUACGCUGCGGAAAGAAGCAGAUGGUAGACACACAAGUAAAGCAGUUCAAAGUGCUAUAAUGAUGGACUUAGCAAGAGCUUUAGGGACUGACAAUGAGAAUCUAUCUGAAUUACAAGAACAAAUCAAGUUGUUGCGCAACGACGUAGCGAGUUCUAAUUCGAUUGCAGAGAGACGGAUACUAAACUCACUAGAGAGAAUUUUUAACUGUUGGUCACUUGAUCCAACAAUUGCUGCUGAGACAUUUGGUCUGGAUUGUGAAGAGGAUACACAAAUCCAACCAUUUAAGAAUUUUCUAUGCCCACUGACAAAAGAAGUAAUGAAAGAUCCGGUCGUCUUAGAGUCUUCUCAGACUUACGAGCGCUCCGCAAUUGAAUACUGGUUUGAACGAUGCAUAGAGGACGGUCGUGAUCCGACUUGUCCAGUUACUGGACAAGUUCUUAAAUCUUUGGAGCAGAAGCCGAAUAUUGGUCUUGCUGGAGCAAUUGAGGAAUGGGUGAACAGAAAUGUUGACAUUCAGAUCAAAUCUGCUGUUGAAUGUCUCGACGUUGAGUACCCUAGUGGGGGUUGUCCUCUUCCGGUUGAAAAUAUCGAACGUGUUUGUGAUCGAAUCUAUAAGAUCUCCGAGGAUCAUCCGUCAAGCAGGUACAAAAUCAGAAACGAAGGAGUUGAUGUUCUUAUUGUUAAGAUGUUGAAGAAAUGUUCAAAGAAUAUAAGGUCACACUUGCGGAGCAAAGCUCUUAUGGCUUUGGUAAGCGUCGCCAAGAACGACGAGUGCAAGCAAGUCAUGCUUCAAGAGGGAGCGACUAGAUUGGCGAUACAUAGUCUUAUUGGAAGCUCGGAGAAGGAGAAAGAGUAUGCUGUGAAAUUAUUACUUGAAUUUUCAAACGAUGAAUCUUAUUGCACAAGCAUUGCAUCAGAGAAAGGAGCUUUAGUUCUUCUCUCAAGCAUGGCAGGGGAUCUGGAGCAUCCUUCUUUAUGCAAUUUAGCUGAAGAGGUUUUAAAGAGACUUGAAAAGGUGGAUGAGAAUGUUCACCCCUUAGCAGCUGCAGGACGAUUUGAACCUUUACUUUCUCGACUCCGUGAAGGUACUGAAGAGGUUCAGAUUGAAAUGGCAUCAAUGGUUGGAAAGAUGACACUGGAAAACAACAGUAAAGAGCAAAUUGCCAGGCAAGGUUCUAAAAUUCUUGUUGACAUGUUAUCGAAGCCGGAGGGGAAGGAACCUAGUUUACAAGCGUUGUAUAACUUGUCUUCCUCUGAGGACAAUGCUACAAUUCUUGUGGAUUCAGGUGUACUUUUGGCCGUUGUUGAAAUUCUUUUCCAGGCGGGAGAUGAUAAACAGCACCUGAAGGAUCUUGCAGCGUCUAUAGCAGCAAAUAUAGUCUCCAAACCUGGUCACUGGGAGUUGGCAUGUAUCAACCAUGAAGGCGACUCAAUGCAGUCGGAAUCGAUUGUUCAUAAUCUUUUGAGGAUAUUGCCGCUUUCAUCUCCUAAAGGAGAAGUUGCAAUUCUCCACAUCCUUCAUGGAAUUUCUUCAUCUCCUCAAGCAUCAGAGUCAGUUGCAACACAUAUAGAAUCCGGAGGUGGUGUCGCCAUCAUUCUUCAGUUUCUUGAACACGGAGAAGCUGAGCAUAGAAAUUAUGCUUUCAGGCUGACAAGAAUCCUUUCUGACAGGUUGGGACAAGUUCUAGUUGACGAGCUUAGAGCUUCUAACAGCAUCUCGCUGUUGAAAGACAAGCUACUAGACACAGAAAGGUCCGAUAGUGAGAGAUCUGAUUCUGCUUGCAUACUUGCCAACCUUCCCUUAACAGAAGAUGAAGUGCAAACGGUCUUGGGAGCCAGUCUUAUUAAAUGGAUAGUUACUUCUCUGAAAUCUAGUGAAAGAACAUCACGUCUGUCUUCAUCCAUGAUCGAAGGGCUACUAGGAUUGUUACUGCAUUUUGUUCGAUUCCCUGACGCAACCGUCCUCGACGCAGUUCGUGAGCAUCGCCUUAUGACCGUUUUCAAGGACCAGCUGUGCUCCCAACAACCGAGAUUGAGGCAACGAGCUGCUCUUGGUUUGAAAUAUUUAUCUGAAUGUGGAAGGACUCUGGUCGCAUCUACAGACUUCGAGCCACAACCUUCGACUAGUUUUUUUUCUUCGAUAUUCUUUUGCGGGAGAGCAUCUAAGGUUACUCAAAGCUGUCCUAUCCAUAGUUUCGCCUGUGAGGAUGAAAGUCAGUUCUGCUUGUUCAAGGGAAAUUGCAUCAGACCCUUACUUGACCUUCUCAAUGACGAGGACACGAAUGCUCAGAUCACUGCUGUAGAAGCACUAUCCACACUCGUUUAUGACACUCCUAGUUGUUCAAGAAGGGCAGCUGAUGAGCUUGAACGACUUGGCGUAAGCGACGAGGUUAUUGAGUUGUUUACAGAAGUUCGGACGGGGGAGCUACAAGAGAAAACGAUUUGGAUGUUGGAGAGGAUACUAAGAGUGGAAAGCCAUGCUCAAAGAUACGCAAUCAAUCAGUCGUUGGUUAGAGCAUUGGUGGAAGCUUUUAAGCAUGGCAACACAAACACAAAGAGACAUGCUCAAGAUGCUCUUACUAGCUUAAAACAGAUAUCCGGUGUCAGUGGGAAGAACUCAAGUCAAGGCAAAAUGCGAAGAUAAGGUUUCAGGCGACACCCGUCAUAACAAAAACCCAAAAACCAAAAAAAAAAUCUUACUGUUAGUUCUCAGGUAACAAUGUCAAUACUUGUAGCGUUUCGAAAUGUACUUAUGGUUUUAUCUUGUCGAUGAUAGUGUGAUCAAAUGCAUAACUAGAAAGAUUUUUAAGUAGAAAUUUACUAGAGAAAUGUGAUCUCUUCCAUUUUGAUUAGUUUCAUGGAUCUGGCAUUGUAAAUUGAGUCAUAUGAAGACUUGUGGUC